AUGGAAAGUCAGGCUACCAAUUAUCAAGCCAAUUCGGAGAAGCAGGCACCGCCCUCGAGUAUCAUAGGCGCUUUCAUCCUUCGACAAUAUCUCCUGAUAGGUAUUGGAAUUUCUUGCCUGCUGGCCUACUUUUUCCCAAACGUUGCUAAACACGGAGGAAUUAUACAUGCGGAAUACUCCAUUUUAUACGGUGCCGUUGCGAUAAUCUUCUUGAUUAGCGGCUUGAGCAUUGCGAAAGAAAAGCUCAUCUUACAACUGCUCAACUACAGAGUGCACAUCCUCGUCCAGGGAAUAUCCUUUUUAGUUGUUCCGGCCAUCAUGGUUGCAUUUGUUCAACUAAUCUACACAAGUGACCACGGCCGUCGAAUCGAUGAGGCAGUUUUGGCUGGAUAUAUUCUCGUGGGUUGCUUACCAACCACUAUUUCCUCUAACGUGGCGAUGACGAGGGAGGCUGGAGGUGACGAUGCCGUGGCACUGAUGGAAGUCUUAGUGGCAAACAUGCUGGGACCAUUUGUCACACCUGGUUGGACCGUGACUUUGCUCCCUAAAUCGCCCAGCUUUGAUCUCUGGAGGCAUGCUGAUUCGGACCUCGAUUCGCUGUAUCGUCAAGUUUUCCAAUCAUUGGGUCUAAGCGUGUUGAUUCCCUUGGUCCUGGGGCAGGUGAUUCGCUGGACAUGGCCCCAACAAGCGAAGCAUGUAGUAGAGACGUUUCACUUUUCCAAAAUCUCUGGGUGCUGCUUGAUUCUUCUGACAUGGACGGGUUUCUCUACCUGCUUCGCAACACAAGCGCUCGAGUCACUGACCAAAGAAUCCAUUAUAUUGGUUGUGUUCUUUAACAUCGGUCUAUACUUAUUUCUGACUGCGAUAUGUUAUUUUCUCUGUUGGCCUCCAACUUUCUUGAUGUCAAACCGUUUUAUCAGUCGUAUAUUCCGUCGGCUACCUCCCGUCGAAACUAUCGCGGUUUGUUUCUGCGGCCCAGCGAAGACAACUGGCCUUGGUAUCCCCAUGCUCUACGCGAUGUACAAAUCGAAUGACGUCUCUCUGAACGCGAGGAUGUCCGUCCCAGUAAUUUUAUAUACGACAGAGCAAAUCUUUUCUGCCCACUUUAUGGUUCAUUUAUUUCGAGCAUGGCUGAGAAAACUGCGUAAAAAGGAGGAAACUUCGAGCAGGAAUGUCGAACUUGCUGUGGUUAUGUUGUGA